AUGAAUUACGCUAAUUGGCAGACUAAAAAUGAUGAUAUUCAUCAACAUCAUCUGCUGCAACAAAACCACGUACAAAAUAGCUUGGCUUUCCGCUCACUGGAGUCAAUUGCGGUGAAUGAGAAGUCGCCCAUUAUGGAUACAUCGUCAAGUAUUGAUGCUUCUUCCGCAACAGACCCAGGUUUGUCAAGGGCGUCUUCAAAUCUGAAAUAUAACCCUAAGCAAAUAUCUUCAUUCACUAAGAGAGCAGAGCAAAAUAGGAAUGCACAAAGGGCAUUCAGACAGAGAAGGGAGAAAUACAUUCAAGAUUUAGAAAAGAGGGUACAGGAAAUCGAUGAGUUGAAAGCAAAAAAUGAGAACUUGAAUAAUGAGAAUGUCCAAUUGAAAGACUAUGUGAUGAUCUUGCAACGGAAGAUCAUUGAGUUGACCCAGGGGAAAGACUUGGGUCACCACGACCAUUCCUUAUCAGACCCUUUUAAUACAAAGUAG